AUGAGCGGUGUAGGGUACAAACAAUGGGAGAAAAUCUCCAAGGCACUCAAAUCACGUGCCGAGGCCAUCAGAAAGGCACUGGACGCUUACAAUGAACUGGCACUCCUGAUGACUCCUCCCCGACAAACCCUCACAUUCAACCAAGCUCUUGAAAUGGUGACCAUUGCCGACUUUGACCUUCUCAAGGAUACCCAGAAUAAUGUUGCUGAGAUGGUGUGGGCCAAAGAGGAGCACCAUGAAGCCAUGCGACUCCAUUUCCAAAUACACUGA